AACUAAAUGAAAUCACUUUACAUAGCAAAUUAACGGAAAAGCAUUUGCAAUGGAUAAAAUCUUCCAAGAGGAGGAACGGAGAAUUGACCUUGCGAGUAUUAGAAAGAUUGAUAGUAACAUAACGCAUAUUUUGGAUAAGACGGAUAAUGUUGCGUUUUACAGAUUCGACGGAAAAGCUUGGCACAAGCAAGAUAUACACGGUUCUAUAUUUGUGUUCAGUCGCUCCGAGCCACCCUUUUACGGGUUUACCAUUUUGAACAGGAAAAGCUUGUCAGAUAAUGUCAUUGAGCUCUUAGUGGACGGUCUGGAAUUCCAGCGAUGUGACCUAUAUCUACUUUACAAAACUUGUAUAAGUGGUGCCUGCGACACUGGCAUCAAAAGUAUUUGGUUUGAGGACGAUGCUGGCUGCAUCAGGAUAUCUACUCUGCUGCACAGAUUACUAAGAUUAAGAAACGAAAGUCCAACGGAAGGCUCCGGAAACAUCCUUCAAAUGUUCGAGAAAUCAAAAGAUCGAGUCAGACAGUCUGCCUCACCAGAUCUCAACUGUUCUCCAGCCACCUCCCCACCUUACCAGCAUAACAAGAAGAGAAACAACGCUUCUAGAACAUUCCAGCAGCACGACGAGCACGAUCAUCGGAACAACAGUUACAGGCACGAGCACGACUACAGGACGAACAACAAUUUCAAGAGCGGAGACGAGGGACGAGGAGGUGGAGGAUAUAGAAAUAGUCACAACAUUAGUCACAACCCUGGUCUCAACCCUGGUCACAACAUUAGUCACAACCCUGGUCUCAACCCUGGUCACAGGAGUGGUCCCGGAAAUGGUCACCAGGGCCACAGACCGCAUGUUAAACAUCAGAACCCCGAGAAACACGGCGGAAAUGGUGAUAAUUGUCUAAAAGUUUCUGGCCAGAAGAAAGAAGGAAAUAAUCUGUUCAGCAUGUUCUCUGAAGCGCACAAGCGCUACUCAAAAUCAAGUAUAAGUGAUCAGGAGGUUGAGGUAAUAUCAGAUACUAGAGAAACUAGGAAAUCUCCUGAUCUACUCCCAAUACCAACUGUCAACAAAUCAGUUACGAUAAUGAAGAGAUCAAAUUCUGAACAUCCUGAUAACACGAGAGAGUCUAACAUUGUACCCGAUCUUGAAGGUCUACGCAAGAGCCGUAGCUCAGAAGCUAUUACUGAUCUCUCACUAGCAAAAGAACCGUUAAAAGACGUUAAAAGUAUUCCUAUUUCUUUUCAAGAUCUCAUCAAUAGUGUUCAAGCAACACCGAAUGGAAGACCUCUAAGUUGUUAUAGUAUCGAGGGAAGUUCGUCCUCAAGUGCUGAAGAAAUUGUUUUGUCCAGUGGUGAAGGUGACGCAGAGUCUCAAUCUCCUCGCUCCUCUAACUCUGAGCCCUCUCAGCCCCUCUCCAUCAAACUGUCCUCAGCCCUCCCUCCACAGCCGUCUCUCUCCCUCGACACCCCCUCUCGUGCAUCCAUUCCUGAAGCUACCUCUGCAGUGUCCCGUGUAGCUUCGUCUCUGUCAAUGUCUGAUUCAGCUAAAUUGCUGAUGUCUCCGCUUGAUUUUACAAGAGUGACUGGUCCUGAACAAGCCCAUAAGAUGAGCAAGGGUGCCGCUACUCCGACUAAACGAAUGUUGUUUGAGAAGAGAAAUAAAGACGAAGGACCUACAGCUAAGUUGGACAUGGACUUGACACAGUUUAAACAAAUGUUGAUAUCAUCAAUUGAGGAGGACGAUAAAUUCGCUGGAAUGUUAUUCAAUGUCUUUCAGAAGAAGUUGAUUGGAAGCAGAUAAUGCAAGUUUGGGUUUGUAAAUUAAGUUUCACUCGCUAAUAUUUAUUGGAUGUGUUCGUACUAUUUUCGUGGGAAGUAAUGGAAGCUGUCCAGUGAUCACUGAUUGGUUCUGUUUUUCUCAUAGUGGAAUGUUUUGAUACUAUUUUGAUAUUGGUAUGGUUGUCCAGUAUUGACAUCCGUGCAGCAUAGCUAAAUGACCAGUCCAUGUUGCUGGGUUCAAUUAAUUUCGUGACUAUCCAUUAAUAAACUCGGUUUGAGCCGAUGAAGCAAAUUAUGUUUGUUUAUAAAUUUUCAUGUCUCUUUCACUGACGUAUGAUUUAUUGUGAUUUCCAUAUAUUUUGCACAAUGUAAUGGUAUGUUAAUUUUCAUUGAUCUUACAGAUUCUAAGUGAUUGUUGUAGAUGUUUGAAAUCAACAAAAUUGUCUUCAAGGAUCUAUCGGAAUGCCGGUCAAAAACCUGGUCCCGGUCGAUCCUUGUCGUCGAUUAAAAAGCUGUAUUUUUAAAGGAGAUGCCUAUAGUCAUGUAUUUAGAAUUAUGAAUAAGAAAUUCAGUAUUUGAAAAUUUCUCAAACCUUCGAGAUAACUGAUGUUACAAGUUAAAGGAAUUUCAUAUAUACGAAUUACGAUUAGUGGAAUGCUCGUUAGUUUAAUUUAACUUUUUUAUGUAACUAAUGAAAAAAGUUUUUAAAGUAUAAUUUAACCUAAGCAAAAAUUCAAAACGUAGUAUAAUCUUCUCCGCUACAUUCAAUGCUAAAUGUUUUAAACAAGUUAAAUCCACAGCACAUACGGCUGUGUCUUCUCGCUUAAUGAAUAGCACAAACUUGAAACUAUUUUAAAUAUCUCGGGAGUAUCAUGCCUAGUAUGUUACUAAAUUACACGGUGCCAGGUAAGAUACAUUGGAGUCUUCAUGGGUAUUGGUAAUUAUAAACGUAUUAGUAACGGAAUCUGGGAUAAUAACUGUACUUUUUGAAUAUCCAGCUGUCUGAACUCUGAAUGUAGGGUUAAGUGAAGCACAUUUGAAAAGUUUCAAAGCAGCGUAAAAUAUCAUUGUUUUGAUGAUCCCAAUUUCCAGUGUUACCAAGAUCGAUUUAUGUUAAUUAUUAUUUUGAUCCUCCAAUUGAACGUGAACGCUAAUAAAUUGAUUUUAGAUUGUUAAUGAUAAUUUGUUUUUAAAAAACAAAAUAAGUUCCUACAGGAAUAUAAGUAGGGAAUUUCGUUUUUUCGUUUUUAACUUGAAAAUUUGUUGGAGUCGUUGUUUUGAUAAGUAAGUUUCAAGGAUCGGUGACCGAAUGGGUGGAAAAUGAGUGAAAGUAGCAGACAAAAUUAAAAUAAUGAUUAAAACCCAUGUAGACACCGACGUGCAAGCUUUCUCAAGCAGUUAAUUAUUGUUUACUGUAUAGAAAGUAAUGUGAUUAAUUUUACAUGGAUUUCACUCUUUCAGUUUCAGUGUUUGUAAAGGGCCGCUUAUUAAAUGUUAAGUCUGGAAAUAGGACAAAUUUGGACCAUGAUCUUACACCUUCACUGCUUAAAAUUUUCCUUCCUACUUUUUUUUUCAAUAGGGAGUCAGUAAAGGCAACUACCAAAGUCAAUUUGCGUGAUAAUUUGGUUUAUCAAUAAGUUUACUAAUUGUGAAUUGGUUUAUCGAGAUAAGUUGGCUUAUUUUC